AUGGAGAACUUAGCAACACCGGAGAAACAACCCGCAACUUCACAACCACAACAAUUCUCGCCAACACCUACCCAACCUUCACCAAAUACUACCAUACCAAUUCCACCACCAACACAAUCUACACAACCUACUUCUACAUCUCCAGUACCAUCAUUCUCAACCUUUUUCCCAAACUUUGAUAACAAUCAACCAGCUUCCACCCAAACAACAUCUCUUCAACACCCAACUACAACCCAGACUGUCAAUUUACAGCAGUCGUCUCCUUACGUUAGAAUCAUUCCUGAUGACACUCCAUCACCGAUUCAAACUCAAGCACCUAAUGCAACAUCAAUUCCGCAAGCCACUCGACCGGUUAUUUCACAGCAAAGUCAGCCGAUGCCAAAUCUUUAUAGAUCAACCAUUUAUGAUCAAGGAAAUAACUCAGGUGAUUUUGAUGAUGGCUACGAGGAAUAUGAUAACUACAUGGGUCAGAACGAGAGACAAGUGGUUAACACGGGUAGCUAUGAGAGGCAAACAGUCGGAUCGGGGGCAACUGAGAGAGUCAAUCAAGGGAACGUAGGGUAUCAACAAUAUGUGCAACCAACGCCUAUACAACAGAUGCCACAACAAUAUCAUCAACCUGACCCACUCCAUCAGCAGCCUGCUCCGAGAAGGCCGGUAGUGGACAUUCCAUUACCACCGCCAGCACCUCAGAUGCAGGGUCAGGCAAGACCGCUGCCACGAAACUUACACCGACCGGUGAUUUUACCUGAAGGAAUUCCACGACGAAAUAAUCAAGGUCCAGUUCGGGGCAUAGAGAGCCACUCAUCUUAUACCUAUCCGCUGCAGACAACGCAGUGGGCGCGGUAUUAA